AUGACGUUCUACAAGCCUGGCAAUGCGGAGAUCAUCUCAACACUCUCCACCUCUUCUACAGUCGUUAUCUUUGUGUGCGCCAUUAUUACCGUUAGCCUUCUCCGAAACAAGUUUCGAUCGGGCCUAAGAAACAUCCCGGGUCCGACACUCGCUGCCUACACAGCUCUUUGGCGAUGGCACGAUGUACGCAAAGGCCAGGCACACCAGACGGCUAUAAACCUCCAUAGGAAAUACGGGCCGCUUGUUCGGAUUGGCCCGAACCAUGUCUCCGUUUCUGAUCCUCGAGAAAUCAAGAAGAUUUAUGGUCUCAAGUCCGGCUACACCAAGGGAAAGCCCGAAGUAAAUCUUUUCGGGACUCGAGACGAGGCUUACCACCGUGAAAUGAAAAAGCCGAUUGCCAAUGCAUUUAGUCUGACCACACUUCUAACGAACGAGCCCGCGGUUGACUCCUGCACCAACCUCCUGAUUGACAAACUUGUCAAGUUUUCAGAUGAGAAAAAUCUAAUUGAUCUGGGAGAAUGGAUUCAGUUUUACACCUUUGAUGUCGUGGGGGAGCUUACCUUUGCAAAGAAGUUGGGUUUCUUGGAGACGGGAGGCGAUGUCGAUGGCAUGAUCGAAACCAUUGAGGGAAUCCUGACGUAUGCCAGCCAAAUUGGCCAAAUCCCCGUUUGGCACAACUUCUUACUCGGCAACCCGCUUCUCCCUUACCUCAUUCCAUCGAUGGAAAACUGGAACCAAGUCCUUACAUUUACCUUGAAAGCGGUUAAUUCUGUGCUGGGAGUCGAUGGCGAUACUGGAGGUAGCCUCAAGAAAGGCGGAGAGCUCGACGUUGAGGCUCUAGAUCAACGGGGCGACAUGCUGAGCAAGUGGUAUUCUGUCAAGCUGGCGACACCGGAAAGGAUGUCAACUCGUGACAUUGUUGUACACCUCAGCACCAAUGUUUUCGCCGGAUCGGAUACGACUGCCAUCGCCAUUCGAGCUGUGCUUUACCAUUUGCUCAAAAAUCCGGACAAGAUGCAAAAGGUCGUCAGGGAAAUCGACACUGCGGCUGCCGAGGGAAAGCUCAGCCAGCCAAUUUCCUUCAAAGAGUCGACAAACCAUCUACCAUACAUGCAGGCUGCAAUCAAGGAAGGUAUUAGGAUUCACCCAUCAGUCGGUUUGCUUCUUGAACGCCACGUGCCCCAAGGCGGCUCUGUCAUUUGCGGAAAGCAUAUUGCUGAGGGCACAAUUGUCGGAAUAAAUGCAUGGGUCACUCAGCAUGACCAAGACGUCUUCCCAAACCCAGACGCCUUUCAGCCAGAGAGAUGGAUUGAUGCUUCCGAGGAGGAGUUGAAGAUUAUGGAGCAGUCCUUCUUCGCUUUUGGCGCUGGAACGCGCACCUGCAUUGGGAGACACAUCGCCGUGAUGGAGAUGGCAAAAAUCAUUCCCGAGCUUCUAAAGACGUUUGAGAUAUCACUGGCGGAUCCCGGCUCGGAGUGGAAGACGAAGAAUAUCUGGUUCGUGCAACAAGAAGGGCUUGUUUGCAACUUGAAGAGGAGGGUGAAAUCAUGA